AUGUCUCAACAACAAUUCAAUGACAAAAGAUUUAAAAGUUCAACUGCUGGUGUUUCAAGGGAAGAAAAAGGAAAACAUUGUGAUGAUAUGGCACUUCAAUGGCAUCUUAAUAAGGUUCAGGCUCACGAAGCACAGAGUCCGUUCAAAGAUUGA